AUGGAAUUUCUUGACGAGCCUUUAAAGAGGCCUCCAAGGCCUGUCAGUCCAAGAGUUCCUGUUGAGCAUUACUACAGAAGAGCUUACAAUUAUGGGAUUUCGGUGUCAUUGUUUUACUAUUUUGUUAUGUUUAUUAGGCAUCGAAAUGACCGAUUCGCUAAGUUUCAAAAGACCACAAGUUUUUAUAAGAUCUGGCUGCCCUGCUUUAUCUUAGGGUCAGUUAUAUACCCAUUUGACAAUUAUUUGUGGGGCAAAGUUGACGAUCAAGUGAAAUUUUGGCAGCUAUCUAUAUACAAAGAAGAAAGAAAACCAAGAAACAUUAAAGAAAAUGGCUUUUAA